AUGCUCGCCUCAAGGCUACAUAUAAAACGACAUUCAACUUCAGCUAUUUCUCGACCAAGUACAACAAAUAUUCGAUAUUUAUCUUAUCGUCAACAACGUCGUGCAACAAAAAAAUUACAAUCACAUAAAACUUCCAUAAACCAUGAUCCUAACAAUGAUGAGACUGAUGAGAAAACUAAGUUUAAAUUUACUGAUCGAACAACAAAUGCAACACAGAUACGUUCAGGUAAUACAAAAUAUGACCGUAUACAAGCACCUAUUUUAUCAUUCGAUGAAGAAGGAGACAUUCCAUUGCCUGCAAUUAAAAGCAAACGUUUUUUAUCGGAUGAUCAUACAUAUUUUAGUGAGUCAAAAGAUAAUCUUACAAUUUCAAAAUCAAUUACUGAUGGUAUAUCAAUCGAAAAAACACGAAGACAAAAAAUUCAAGAUGCUAUUAAAACUGUUUCAAAAGUUGCUUUUAGUCAAUUAGGAUUAGGUGGUCUUGUAGUUGGUUAUGUUAUUCUUGGUGGAUUGAUAUUUGAUGCUAUUGAAUCACGUUAUGAAUUAGAACGUUUAGAAGAAAAAGAACGAAAUCGUCAACAUUUUGUUGAUCAAUUAUAUAUUCAUGCUUAUAGAGAAUUUAAUCGUGUAUUAAAUCAAACAUUUGAAUUAAAAUAUGCUUUAUGGCGUGGUGGUAUAUCCCGGCAUGAUGAACAUAAUAAUGGUUGGCAAAUAGAUGUUGAAAAAGAUUUAUGGAAACAACAUAUUGAUUAUGAAUUAUUACAAUAUUUUGGUGCAGAAGAAAAAAGUCAAUAUAGUAGUGAUGAACAACAAGAAGCACAAAAUACAAUACAAGUUUGGACUUUCUCUAGUGCUAUGUUAUAUUCAGCAACUGUUAUUACAACGAUUGGAUAUGGAAAUAUUACACCAAAAACUACUGCAGGCAAAAUUGCAACGAUGAUUUAUGCAAUGAUUGGUAUUCCUUUAAUGUUCAUGUGUUUGACAUAUACGGGUGAUUUAUUAGCUGAUGCUUUUAUAACUAGUUAUUCAAAGAUGGUCAAUUUUUUUUAUCGACAAUUCUGUCGGACACGAUUAGUUCGUUGUUUAUCAUAUGAUAUAGAUCAAAAUUUUGAUCAUACUGAUUCUGAACAUGAAGAAGCACGACAUGUACCUAUUGUAGCAACAUUAGCUGUUCUUGCACUUUAUAUUGCAAUGGGUGCAUUACUUUUUGCUCAAUGGGAAAGUUGGCAUGUACUUGAUGGAGCUUAUUUUUGUUUUAUAACAUUUACUACAAUUGGUUUUGGAGAUCUUGUACCAGGUAAAGGUACAGUUGCAGAAUCGAAAGCGGGUAAAGCAGCAAUGUGUGCAUUAUUUCUUUUAUUUGGUAUGAUUGUUAUGGCAAUGUCAUUUAAAUUAAUGCAAGAUGAAAUAAUGUCAAAAUUUCGACGAAUUGCAAGACGUUUUGGUUUUGUAAAACAAAAUAUGAAUGAUCCUGGUUAA